UCUCAAGGAUUCUUUUAUGACAUAGAACAAAUAUUUACAAUUUUUGCUUCAAUUAGAGCUACAAUUUUGCGAUUAGAAAGAGCAGAUUGUACAAUAGCAGAUUGUUUUAUUCAAUUAGUUUAUUUAAUUGCAACUAUUUCUUAUAUGCCAAAAGAAAAAGAUAUAAUUGCAUUUCAAAAUCAAUGCAUAGAAAUUGUUAACAAUCAUUGGAAUGAACUUGAAGCAAAACUAUAUAUUUUAGCAUAUAUGCUGCAUCAUGAAUAUUGA